GCCGCGGCCUCGCGAUUUCCUCCCUUUCCCGGCGCGGCGAUGGCUCCUCCGCCUCCCACUCCACUCCAACCAGCCAGCGAAUCGCGCCGCCUCGCAAGCCUCGAUCUCCCCGCCGAUCCCCGGAGACUCCCAUGGCGUGCUCGGCAGCGGCGGCGGCGGCGGCGGCGGGGUGGCUGCUGUCGCCGUUUCUCGACAGCCUGAGCGACCGGAUCCGCUCCUGCGCCGACGACCUCUUCCGCUACCUACCCUCGGGGUCCGCCUCCGCCGACCUCGAGCGCCUGCAGGACUACAUCGUCCGCCUCAGCGCGUUCGCCUCCGCCGUGGAGCGCGCCCGGCGCCGCCCGCCGCACCCCACCCUCCUCGCCUGGCUCAACCGCCUCAAGGACGCCGCGGACGACGCCGACAACAUCUUCGACGAGAUCCGCUACAGGAGCCUUGCGGAUGCCCUCUCCGGACCCGGCCCCGAUCUCCGCAGCGUCCUCGACACCCCCGGGUCGGUCUGCGGCCACCUGGUAUCAGUAUGCUCCGACCACCCCUUCAAACGGUUGCCCUCCGUCCUCGACAAGCUCGCCACCGCCUGCGCGGACUACGCCGGGAUCGCCUCCCUCGUCGGGCUCGACAGGGCCGACUCUCCGCAGCGUGGGAACCGGCUCACCAGGAGCUCUAGCUCCAUCAUGCCGGCUGACGACGCAUUCUUUGGCCGCCAACGCGAGCUCAACGUUCUGGUCGAAACGUUAGUUCGUUGCAAUGAUUCUGCUCAACUCGGGAACCAGAGUGUCCCGGAUGUUGGCAUUGUUGGAGAUGGUGGGAUCGGCAAGACAAAACUGGCUCAGAUGGCGUUUCAUCAUCCAAUAAUUCUGGAGCACUUCGAUCUCCGGAUGUGGGUGUGUGCCUCGAGUCAUGUGGAUGAUGGAGGAGGUUCUUGCUUGUCCUAGAUGAUGUUUGGGAUGACAAGGAGAUGAGCAUGUCACAGAACAGGGAGAGGUGGAGGAAUCUACUAGCCCCUCUGCAGCAUGGGAAGCAAGAGAGCAGGAUUGUUGUGACUACACGAAUGAAGGUGGUUGCUGA